CCAAUGUCAUGUUGAAGAGCAAAUGUAAACAAGUGGACACUAUCUGGAACCAAAUGUUCAUAUGACGGCUGACAGCACAAAAAUGAUUUCGCUCAAGACAGCGAGUUCAUCCACUUUUGCUUGGAUAUUUGUCUUCGCAAAUGUCUUUUACAUAUCGGCUCAAGUGAUAGAGUUAACACCUGUUCCUUGCGAUGACAAAAGCGUGGAAAAGUUGGCUCGACUUGCGAUCACCUACAUAAAUGAAGAUCGACAGACGGGAUAUAAAUUUGCUCUCAAUAGAAUUACCAACGUACAGCUUCACGCACAGGGUCCCGCUGGAAAAGUUUACUACCUCGAUGCAGAUGUACUCGAGACCAAGUGCCACGUGAAGAGCCCCAAAACCUGGAAGCGAUGUGACGUACGACCUUUCAUGGAAACUCAAAUUUCAGGGAACUGCAACAUAACCCUUCUUCAUGAUGCUGGUGGAUACUCAUACCUAUACAGCUAUGACUGUACUCUAGUACCAGAUCCACCAGAGAAGCUUCAGAAGACAUGCCCAGCCUGUCCGCUCUUGCUCCAAGUGGACAGCCGUGAGGCCUUGGGGGCAUCGCUCUUCUCACUCAACAAGUACAAGGCUCAGAGCACGCUUCCUGUAAGCCUGGCCCUGCACACUAUCACACGUGCCUCCGCACAGCGUGAACCAUUUCAGCGCACCUUUGUCGAGUUUACCAUUGCGGAGUGUGGAGAGGGAGUAACUGCCUCAGGUUUCUGUGAACCAGUGGAUGCUGAGAGAAAGCCAAUUGGUUUCUGUGCUGGAGCUGUUGUUGGUAACAGCUGGUUCCAACAAGAUGCUAAGGUGUCCUGUGAAAUAUUCCACCCACAGCGCUUUGGUUCUUCAGCCAAGGUCAACGUAAAGCCUGUGGUCCACGACGUGGCUCCCACUGUUGCAACGGAACUGGGUGCUGGAAUCGAUGCUGUCGUCCCUGAAGUCCCGGGCCCGAACUCGAACCCAUACACGCCCAUUCAGCCACCCGUGGGGCCCGACGACAGACUCUUUGACCCCAUCCAUCAUGCUCCCGUGCCCUAUGAUCCCAUGGCUGUGAGUCCACAUGUCGCGGCGUCCUCCAGCGAGUCUGAGUCAUCAGAGUCCCAGUCGUCCGAGGAGCUCGGGGUCACCAUCGCCAGACCUCCGGUGGACUUCCGCUACAAGCCUUACCGCAGGAAGAGACGGGCCCUCUUUGGCACCAAACCUCCCCACACACCGGUGUUCCUCGCGGUAUUCCCCAGCGGUGGCUCCCCUUUCCGCUCCUGCCCUGGAGUUUCUCGCUACACCACUCUGUAGAGUAGAGAGUACCAUGUCAAUCACAGUCCAGAAAAAUAUGAAAUGGUCAGAGCCGAUUAGACAGCCUUGUUUUCACCUACAGUAUGUUUAAUAACAGAUAGCAACAUGAUUCCCAAACCUUUUCAGUGAAGAUUUUUGGAAUGGUAUUUUGUGAUCAUCGAUUCAAAAUAUAUUUUGAAAAUAAAAAAUAAAAUGGAUGCUGGUA